GCUUCGGCGUGCCCCUCUGCUGCCGCUCCGCGGGUCCCAUUGCACAAGGGCAGGCAGGGAGGAAGGGCAGGGAAGCGAGAAGUGCGGGAGCGCCGAGCGUGCCACGUUUAAAGGCUUAUAGCAGGAAGCAGGACAAAGCUUUUCGUAAAUCUCCUUGACCUGGUAUCAGGAGUUGAAAUGACAUAGAAAACUGCUACAAGCUCUGACUACAAAAUGAGCUUCUUCCACUUGAUGCUGAACGCAGAAACUGGGUUUGAUUUAUUUGAACACUGGUAAACUGGAAUGUCAAGAAUGAUGAUCUACUCUGAGAAUUUACAAGAAAAACACUUACAAGGCAACUAAAGAAAGGCUUUGCAAAAGAUGACAUCUACAUUUUUGCUUAUUGGUCAUCUAAUUCUACUGAUACCUUUGUUCAGUGCUGAAGAGUGCAUUGUUUGUGAUUACUUUGUGCUAGUUGGAGAGCCUACAGCUAUCAGUUGCCCAGUAAUAACAUUGCCAGCGCUUCACUCUGAUUACAAUAUGACAUGGUAUAAAAAUGGUAGUAAUACACCAAUAACCACAGAGAAAAACGCCAGGAUUCAUGUGCGAAAGGGCUUGCUUUGGUUCAUUCCUGCAACACUGGAAGAUUCUGGACUUUAUGAAUGUGAAGUAAGAGGUCUUAACCGCUCUAACCAGAAAACUAUAAAUUUAAAGGUUUUUAAGAACGAUAAUGGUUUGUGUUUUAAUGGAAAAAUGAAGUAUGAACAAGUGGUGAACAGCGCAAAUAUUGGAAAUAUUAUAUGCCCUGAUCUAGAGAAUUUUAAAGAUGAAGACAAUGUUAAGCCCGAAGUACACUGGUAUAAGGAGUGUAAGCCUGGAUUUCUAGAAGACAAGCGAUUUGUGUUGGCUGAGGGUGAAAAUGCUGUCCUGAUUCACAAUGUAUCUGUACAAGACAAAGGCAACUACACAUGCCGUAUGGUGUAUACAUACAUGGGAAAACAAUAUAAUGUUUCACGAACCAUGAGUCUAGUGGUUAAAGAAAGCCCACUGCAGAUGAGACCAGAGUUUAUUUAUCCAAAGAAUAACACAAUUGAAGUGGAACUUGGCUCUCAUGUAGUCAUGGAAUGCAAUGUAUCCUCUGGCAUAAAUAGCUUGAUUCCAUACUGGGAAGUUAAUGAUGGCUAUGUUGAUGACUUUGAUAGCACCUACAGGGAACAGUUUUAUGAAAAGGGGAUGCCUCAUGGAAUUACUGUAGCUGGAACAAAAUUUAACAUUUCAAAAGUGAAAGUAAAGGAUUAUGCCUAUAAGUUUUUCUGUCAUUUCAUAUAUGAGUCUCAACAAUUUACAUCAUAUAUCAAAUUGGAACCCCCAGCUCAGAACAUCCAGGGUUACUUGAUUGGAGGAGGAGUUUCUUUGGUAUUUUUAGUGUUUGUUACACUCAUUAUCUACAAGAUCUUCAAAAUUGAUAUCGUGCUUUGGUAUCGGAACUCCUGCCAUCCUUUCCUGGGUGAAAAAGCUUCAGAUGGGAAGAUCUAUGAUGCUUACGUUCUGUAUCCAAAGAACAGAGAGAGCUGCUUGUACUCAUCAGAUAUUUUUGCUCUGAAGAUACUACCAGAGGUCUUAGAAAGACAGUGUGGAUAUAAUCUCUUUAUAUUUGGGAGGAAUGAUUUACCAGGAGAAGCUGUGAUCAGUAUUGCUGAUGAAAAAAUCCGUCAAAGUAGAAGAGUGAUAGUUAUUUUAGUACCAGAACCAUCAUGUUACAGUAUUCUAGAAGACGCGUCUGAAAAGCAUCUAGCCAUGUAUAAUGCUCUUAUCCAGGAUGGUAUUAAAGUAAUUCUGAUCGAACUUGAAAAAAUACACGACUAUACUAACAUGCCAGAAUCCAUCAAAUAUAUUAAGCAAAAGUAUGGGGCUAUCCGAUGGAAAGGUGACUUCUCGGAAAGGUCUCAUUCAGCAAGUACCAGAUUCUGGAAGAAAGUACGUUACCACAUGCCGUCCAGAAAACGUGGAUCUUCAUCAGGAUUUCACUUGUUACCAUAAAAUACUAAUUCUUCCUAAAUAGCAGAAAAAUGACAAUCACUGCCAACGUUCAUUAUAAUUAGUGAUGGAUGAAUUGGAGGUCAUAUGUAUCUGUUUUGUACAGAAAAUCUCAUCCAGAUUUGCUGGAUUGAAGGUACUACAACUUUGUCUACAGAUGUGAAUCACACUUUCUUCUGGCCAAAUCAAUAGAAUGUUCUGUAAUACCAUCAGUAGCACACUGAUGACGUGGAAGCCAUAUAGGAAGUACAUAAGGAUACAGAAAAUAGGUUCUCUUGAAAGCGAAUUGCACUGUGAUUUGUUGGAAUAUUUUUUGACUUUAAAAAUGGAAAGGAGAAAAAAGAGAACUUCUUUCCAGCAAUUUAAGGUUGAAUAUGAAGGGAACUGUAUUAAUUAUAAUUGUGAUGUUUUGUAAUGGGUUUGGUUGAUGUCAGUAAAUGUUUGUGCUUUUUUUUUUUUUUUUAAUGAAAUGACAUGAAUCUUACUUGUUACAAGUUUGUUAUUUGCUGCUUUGUUCAGUUUGCUCAAAGAUAAUUCCAUCUGUGUUAGUGCAUCAGUGGGGUAUCAUCCAAGAGAAAAGGUAAGAGACAACCCCAACGCCCCCCCCAAAAAUACUAUUCAACUUGGCAAAGCAUAGAUUCUCUUACCUGAUCUUUUUACAUUUUAAAGAACUGCAUGGUUUUCAAUCACUUAUCCCACUCAGACAUCAUAAAAAUGUUAUAUUGCUGUACCAGGUCAUAAAAAUGUAAAAUCUCCAGAGGACUUUUUUUUCCAGUUAUGUGGCUUACUAUGUUCUUAUUAGCCGUGUGGAACAAUGAGCUCGUGACACAUUCUCUCAUACAGAGUUGAGGAUGGUUGACUUCUUCCCCUUUCCCCUAGGGACCAAAGGGCUCCAGGGCACAGGCAACACAGCUGGGCAGUUUUCAUGGGAUGUGGUUGGUGAAAGAGAGCAGGUCUCCCCUCCUGUUCCCAGCUAGGGUUCUGGCUUUAGCGUUUGGCACCUCUGAAAACUGACGCUGCCUGAAAUUCUUUUCCUUGUAGCUUUCUCCCAGAUCAAUGAGUUGAUCUGGUUCCUAGAGAAGUCCAAGUGCAAUGGCAGAAGUAAAGGGGGAAAAUGUGGUCAAGCUUUUUGGCUCCAGGUGCGUUUAGAAAAUAGAGCUAAAGUAACAUUGCCCAGUACUUAGAGAGAGAGAGAUGGCCUGUGUUAUUGCCUGUAGCUGCUUACUUUUCUUUUUUCCCCUCUCCACUGAUGUCGUAAGGAAUCUAAGAUGACUGGGCACCUAAUUUAGCUGGGGUCAGAUGAAUUUAUGCUGGAGUUGCAACUUCUGUGCAGCUGUUUAGGAAAGGAAUUUGUUAAAACUUACUGUGGACAUCAAAUGCUUUUCCUUUCCCUCUUCUUUAUUUUUUAUUCUUUUUAGCAAUGUCAUGUUCAACACAAUUUUGUUAGCUUUGAAGCUAAGAUGCAUAUAGACACUGAUGUAGUUUGUAAUAAUAAAUUCUCUUGUAGGGCAUUGAUUGUUAAGAAAUUAUCAAAUUAUCUCUUUAAAAUCAUGUUUAUAGCUAUGAAUUUUACAGGAAUGAGAGAUGUGAGAGCUAAAUUGCAUGUGCUUUUCAGUCUGUGCUCAAAAGUUUACAUUUUUAAUUUAAGAGAUUUGUUUAUGUAUGGAAGCUUCAGCGUGUGUCUGUUACAAGUGGGCUGUGUGAUCGGAGUAUAAGGCAUAUCUGGUUCUCCUGAACAAUUUAGACAAUUUCAGAGUUUGAUGAAUUGUAUAUUAAUCCGGAAACUAACCCGUGGUUCAAGUUAGUUUACACAGGCAUUGCUCUGCUUCUGUGGGUAGGGAUUUUUGCUUUUUUUUUUUUUAAUAGUGUUUGGGGAAGAUAAAUAUUACACCAUUUUUGUGAUUUUUAAAAUGUAGGUUUAAUGAACUAUUGACUGCAUUUCCAAGGGAGAACUAUAACAACUCUGCUGAUUGUGCAGUAGCAGGAAAAAGGCAAAAGGUUUGUUAAUAAUUUUAAAGUGAAGUCUUGGCUUAUAUGGCAGUUGCAAAGCAUGCAGGUAGGCAUAGGUAAGGCAGAGACCUAUGGUGAUUUUUCUUGAUACAAAUCAGAAUAACAAGAUAUUUCCAACUCCAGCUUUUCCAUAUGUUAAAUGAAAUUUAGCUGGGUUGGGGGUGGAAGCUGUGUACACUAACUCCUGUGUGAUUGUUUGCUCCAGUGCUAAUAAUUAUCUUAGUACAGACAUUCAAGAGAAGACUUCUGAGUAGAUUGUGAUGAUUUAUUUCUAGCGAGAGUUUCAGAUCUGCCUUUAACUGCUUUAACUGCAACUCUGAAUUCCUGUUUGUGUUUGUGCCCUAUUACCUGCUGUCUGGCAGCACCUUUUGUUCUCCUCCAAAUCAAAUUUCAGCAAAUCUUUUCUCAUACAGCUCCCUUACCGCAGAACAACUAUCUUACUACUGUGUCAAAUUCCAGUGCUUUCCAAGCUGUACUUGAAGGCUGUUGCUAAUACAGUAUUAGGCAGAAAUUUUGCCUUUGAGUUCAUCUGAAAAAAAUAAUGCUCUGCAUCAUUUGGAAUUCUUCAGCUCUUUGAAGACUGCUUCCUUCAUUUUGACACUACAGUCUUUGUUGGCCUUUUCUUCUUUCAUGGCUUUUCUGCCCUCCAUUUUCAACCAAAAGAAACUGAUAAUGUGAGGUGCCAUCCCACAGAACUGCCAAGUGACGAUGGGAUGCUGUGACUCUUGUGUUCUGCCUCACUAGUAAUAAAACCAAUGGAAAUAGCUUCCACCUGAAGUUAUUUGGUUACCUCAGUGUGUGCUGGAAAUCUGAAACCCUGCUUCUGGGGAACAGUGCCUUCUGAGCUUCAAGCUUCGUGUGUUGAGUGUGUCUGACCAGACUGGCGUAAGAACCUCUUCCCUUCAGGAUAGGAAGGGAAAAACGUGCAUUUGAAAUGUCAAGAUUUAUCUCCAACUUUCAUGAUACUGGAAUGUUUUAUUGAUGAAUGUCAUCUAUGUACAGACCAAUACGUAUGCUUAUCUUCUGUUCUCAUUGUGUGUUUUGUGUGUUUUAUACAAGACAAAAAUGUCAGGGAAGAAACACUUUUGGUCGUGAAGUGCCACAUUCACUAAGCUGUUGCACUAAAUCUCCUUUUUAAUAUGGUGUGUGUUUGGUGACAGCCUGUUGGGGGAGGGUAAAAGAGCCUUGAGAUCCAUCCCAAGUUACUGAGAUCCAUCUGGGCAUGGCGAAUGUGCUAAUUGUUAUGGUUCACAUUGACAGAAGAAUUUAGUGGGACAGAUUUAGUGGUUUGGUUUUGGAACUCUUUUGUCAGAAGAUCCCUAUAUCAAAUGUGAAGACUAGACACUGGAAAUGCUGUGUUUAUACCCUGAGGACUAGUGCAUAAUAUUGACUUUGUAUUUCCACCUUGACAGUUUGUGGUUUGCAGGCCAGCCAACAGAGCUCCAGCAACCUCUGGCCUCCUGAAUUUUUAUUCUUAUUUUUGCUGUCUGGAAUAGAUUGUAUGAUAAACUGCUACUUGUUAUGCCUACCUUUGGUGGAAAGUUAUUUUACUGAGCCAAAAUACUUUUUUUUUUUUUUGAUACUUGUCCCUUUUGCUAUAUUUAUAUGACUGCUGAAGUUUUGCUGUGUGUUAUGUAAAGACACUUUGAAGAGAGGUCCACUUUUAAUUCAAUAAAACACUACACAAUUUUUUCUUA